UCCUUAAAACAAUCACAAUGGAUCAGUAUGAAAUAAUUCAGAUGAUUGGGGAGGGAUCCUUUGGCAAAGUCUUUCUAGCCAUGAGAAAGGAAGAUAAUCAGCAUUGUGUUAUCAAGGAGAUCAGUUUAACAAAGUUGCCAAGGAAGGAAAAAGAAUCAUCUCAGAAAGAAGUUACCCUUCUGGCCAGGUUGAAGCAUCCUAAUAUAGUAGACUUCUACACUUCCUUUCAAGAGAAAGAUAAAUUAUAUAUUAUGAUGGAAUAUUGCGAUGGAGGUGACCUAAUGAAGAGGAUAAAUAUGCAACGUGGAGUGCUGUUUGAUGAAGACAAGAUCCUGGGUUGGUUUGUGCAAAUCUCAUUAGGCCUAAAGCAUAUCCACGAUAGGAAGAUUCUUCACAGAGAUAUAAAAGCGCAGAACAUUUUUCUCAGCAAUAAUGGGAUGACAGCUAAACUUGGAGACUUUGGGAUUGCAAGAAUGCUGAGCAAUACCAUGGAGUUGGCCCGGACAUGUGUAGGAACACCAUAUUACCUAUCACCUGAGAUCUGUGAGAACAGACCAUACAAUAAUAAAACUGAUAUGUGGUCUCUUGGCUGUGUGUUAUAUGAGCUCUGUACUUUAAGGCACCCUUUUGAAGGCAGCAAUUUGCCCCAGCUUGUGCUGAAGAUCUGUAGAGGCCAUUUCAUGCCAGUGUCUACAAAGUAUUCAUCUGAACUAAGAGCUCUAAUAUCUCAGUUGUUUAAAACAUCUCCAAGAGAUCGACCUUCUAUCAACUCCAUUUUAAGAAAGCCUUUCUUGGAGAAGCAAAUAAGGAAGUAUUUGCCCCCUGAGAUCAUGGAGGAAGAAUUCAGCCAUACUGUCCUUCACAGAAGAAGACCAAUAGCUUCAUUGUCUUCAGCUCCUAAAGUUCAGAAACCAAGACUCCACAAUCUUAAUUCUCCAAAACUCAAGAUGGGGAUGCUUCCCUUAAAACAAGGAUUGUUACAUAAACAUGAAUGGAGAUCUCCUUCAAAAAUCCAGGAUCCUAUUAGCCAGUACAGGAGUCCCAAGUUUAAGAUUUGUGGAAAACCAGAAGAUGCCAGAAUGUGUGGGCACUAUGGCCAUUAUUAUAUGAAACUUGCAAACUUGCAGGAGAGACCAUUGAUUCAGGAAGAUCAUCCUCUUAUUGGCCAAAGAAUGGAAGAAUACUAUAAGCAAAAAGGGCAGGAACCACCACCACCUCCACCUCAUUGGCCUGCAGACUAUCUUCAAAGGCGAUACAAUGCCCAGCAGUACAAGUUAAAAGUAGAAAAGCAACUUGGUUUGCGUCCAUCUUCUGCUGAUCCACAUUAUGAUCAGAGACAGAAUCAGGAGAUAAAGGAAGAGCAAAUGAAAGCCUAUCAAAAAGCAAUUGCUCAAAGAAAUGAAGCGAAGGAGCAGGAAUAUCUGGAACAACUACAGAAAAUUCGUCAACAAUAUCACGAUGAAGUGCAUGAGAUUAAACUUAAAGCAGAAGCACAAGAGAAGAAUAAAAAUAUAAAAGACAAAACCUAUCUUGUGAAGCCACGGAUGACUAAAGACCAUGCUGUUCUUAUUGAUGAUGACCCCGGAGAGAAAAAUGAACCAUUCCAGGAUAUGGAGCAAAACAGAGAACAGAUUGGACUGCGUAACUGGCAGGAGAGAAAUGUUUUUGAAAUAAAACACAAAGCAAAGGGAGGUGUUAAAUUUCAAAUCGAUUUCAAAGCUGAUAUUCCAGAUGUGAACAAUGUCCAGAAAGAAAAAGAGGACCAUGAUGAGCUCAAUGACACCUUGACCUUUGAAGAUGGAGACUGCCUUAAGAAAAAACUGAUGGACAAUGAUGAGAGUUACAUAGACAAAGCAUUAGAAGAAAUAUGCCACUGGAAACUGGCUGUUGACCGUGAAGGCGAUUCCACAGAAACCAGAAAACACUGGAAAGCUUCAGCUCCACAAACUCUCCUCAAUCUUCUAGAGAAGGCAGAUAUUACCUCUGUGUGCCCAACCAUGGAAGAAGUGGGCCAGGUAAUCAUGCUGCCUUCGAGAUUGCCUGAAAUCAGGAGAAAAUGGAAGCAAGAAUCACCUGGGACAUUAAUGAACAUGUUAGCAGGAGCAGAAUGUUCUGGUGACACUUUAUUCCAAGGUGAAGCGCUCAAUAAGACAGAUAACCUGCAGACUCCUAAAAAUGAUGAAAUUGAUACAGAAAUGAGUUCUGCAGUUGAAGUGGAUGAAGACAGAUUUGAUCCGAGAUCUGAUGACGAUGACACAAACUUUGAAGAAUCUGAAGAUGAACUGAGGGAUGAGCUGGUAGAAUCUCUGGAAAAGGUGGUAACAUCUCCAGAAGAGGAUAUUCUGAAAACUUCAGCUGAACCAACAGACACGGAGCAGCCAGGGGAAAAAGAAAAUGCAAUUAACAGUGAACUUAACAAACCCAAUGAAAGUUUGGGAAAUGAUAGCAAGCUGUCUCGAGAUAAACAGGAAGGAGCAAUCAGUUAAUAUGAUUGUGGCCAACUGUUUUUUGAGAAUUCGUUGCAAGUAGUUACAUCCAUAUUAAGGGUCACCAGGUAGGAAACAUGGGCUUUCUUUGUAGUUUUUAUUCAUUUUGAAGCAGUAAUUAAGAGAAUGAGGAUACUCAGUAGCUGAAGAAAACAUGGUCUAGUGGUGAAAGAGAUAUGAGAUCAUGCACAUUGUACUGAUCAAAUGCAUUAAUCCUAACUUCUCUGCAUUCAACCAUAUAAACCCCAAUGUGUAUUUACAGUGGAACAUUUCAGUUCCCUGUCUACUUUAAUACUUUCAUAUGACUUUUCACUCUGUUAAUGUACUGUACUCUGUAUGAACUCUUACAAACCAGACAAAAUCAACAAGGAGAUUGUGCAGUUGGUAGAAAUCAAUCCUCUUUGUUGUCCCCUGGACUCUUACAUAGCUGACUAGAGAACUGGUGAUAUACCCCCAGCGCCAUUCCCUAGAAGUCUUGUCUGCUCCAGUUGUGUGUACCUGCUUCCCUCUAAGGACCUUCUGGGAAAUUGGCAGUGUGGAUGAGAUGCUUUUGAGCAGCUCUCCUCAUUCCCAAAUUAUACAAGGGAUAGGCCCAGCACACACUCUCUGCUUGUUCUGUCUUCAUGUGUGAGCAUAUGUAGCAAUAAGCCUACUACCACUACCCAGCUGUUUGUGCCCGAUUUCUGAUGCUUAUGUUCUUAACAUAAUGAAUGACACAGUAUCAUUAAGGUGAUAAAUGUCAUACUGUAGGUGGAAAUCAAAUGAUUGAAUUCUGCUGUACAAAUAUAAAACAAAAUCCUUACAAAACAAGAUGCUAGAGAAGUUUAUAAUCUAGUUUGUCCCUAAAAUACUAGUUUUCUUUAUGGAGGGUAAGACUCUGGAGCAGUAAAGUCUUGAUCAACUGUUGAUUCACAGCUAGGUGUCAUUAAGUUCCUCUGAACUUUUAAAUUCUGUCUAGCUUCAGACAAGAACAAGCUGCACUGUAAUAUAUUUUGAUAUUUUAAGAUGGCUUAGUCUAACUAUUUCAUGUAUGAUCUUGUAAAAUACCACAAUAUUUGGAGAGCAAACACAAAUAUGCUGAGUCCCAAACAGAAGUGUCUCAGAAUAAUAUACUCUUUACUGUAUAUCAGAAAUAAAAUAGAAAAAUGUAGAAGU